CCCCCUGCCCGCCCCGGCGCCGGGCUCUGCGGGAAGUCGCGUUGGCGGCUUCUGAGCGCGCCGACGGCGGCGGUCCUGCAGGGUCCUCGCGGCCGGGGGGCGAGGAAACGGCCUUCCGGUGACCCCCCACCAGCCCUAGGCAGCCCGCGCCCCCGGGGCCUGAGGAUGCUGAGGUCUACGUGGAAUUUUCUGAAACGUCACAAAAAGAAGUGCAUCUUCCUGGGCACGGUCCUCGGAGGAGUAUAUAUCCUGGGGAAAUAUGGGCAGAAGAAAAUCAGAGAAAUACAAGAAAGGGAGGCUGCAGAAUACAUUGCCCAGGCCCGACGACAGUAUCAUUUUGAAAGUAACCAGAGGACUUGCAAUAUGACAGUGCUGUCCAUGCUUCCAACGCUGAGAGAGGCCUUAAUGCAGCAGCUCAAUUCUGAGAGCCUCACAGCCCUGCUGAAAAACAGGCCUUCAAACAAGCUAGAAAUAUGGGAGGAUCUGAAGAUAAUAAGUUUCACAAGAAGUAUCGUAGCUGUAUACAGUACUUGUAUGCUGGUGGUUCUUUUGCGAGUCCAGUUAAACAUAAUUGGUGGAUAUAUUUACCUGGAUAAUGCAGCAGUUGGCAAAAAUGGCACCACAGUUCUUGCUCCCCCGGAUGUCCAGCAGCAGUAUUUAUCAAGUAUUCAACACCUCCUGGGAGAUGGCCUGACAGAAUUGAUCACUGUCAUUAAACAAGCUGUGCGGAAGAUUUUAGGAAGUGUUUCUCUUAAACAUUCUUUGUCCCUUUUGGACUUGGAGCAAAAACUAAAAGAAAUCAGAAAUCUCGUUGAGCAGCAUAAAUCUUCUUCUUGGAUUAAUAAAGAUGGAUCCAGAUCUUUAUUAUGCCAUUAUAUGAUGCCAGAUGAAGAAACACCAUUAGCAGUUCAGGCCUCUGGGCUCUCUCCUAGAGAUGUCACCACUAUUAAACUACUCAAUGAAACUAGAGACAUGUUGGAAAGUCCGGAUUUCAGCGCCGUUUUGAAUACCUGCUUAAGCCGAGGUUUCAGUGGACUGCUGGACAACAUGUCUGAGUUCUUCCGACCCACUGAGCAGGACCUGCAGCGCGGCGACUCCGUGAACAGUCUCUCCAGUGUCAGCCUGCCCUUAGCUAAGAUCAUUCCAAUAGUAAAUGGACAGAUCCAUUCAGUUUGCAGUGAAACGCCUAGUCAUUUUGUUCAGGACCUGUUGAUGAUGGAGCAAGUAAAAGACUUUGCUGCUAAUGUGUACGAAGCUUUUAGUACUCCUCAACAACUGGAGAAAUGAUUUUUUUCCUUCGGGAAACACUACGGUGGAAUUCAUUUACUUUUAAAAAUAUACUGAAUAAAUCAACUGUAUGUAGGGUAAUGAUUUGUUACCGAAAUGCCUAAUAAGAAUAUAUUCUUAAUCAAAGUCUUCAUUUCAUAAUAAAAUAGAUUUAUUUGGCAUCUUAAUAUAUUUUUUUAAAGUCAUCAACAGACUACUUUUUGUGGGCGUAUCUGAGUGCACACAGUGUGCAUAUCAGAAUUGUUAAUAAUUUGUUACACCAUGGAUAUUGGUUUCCAAACUGACUAAAAACUAAUGUAGAUACUUUUUUUUUAUAUCAUAUGAAAUGCCGUAUACUUUGACAUUGAUACUGAGUGAAAAUCUGUUUGGGAAAUAGAUGUGAAGUUUGGAAAAUACGCUAUUUAACUAAUCGUCAAGUUCCCUGGACUGCAGUUUACGGGAGUGGAUCGGACUUUCCUCCAGUUACUCGUCAAAGGAAUAAAUUAUCUGUC